UUAUUGUCAUUUUGGCAGUUUUGGCACAUAACAAACUGCACAGUUAUUUGAAGAUUUGCCAAAAUCUCCCAUUUUAUUGUCCAAUUUUCAAUUUUCUAGUUAGUUACGUUUUGGUUGUUUAUUUGCCUAAAAUCUAACAUGGACUUCAGCUAAAUGAUCAUUUGUCCAAGUUGAUAAUGUUGUUCCAGAUUGAAAAAGAUCAUUCGUAAAUAUUUGGAAAGUUUUUGACAUGUGCAUGACAAAUGGGUCCAACUAUGGCUGCUAAACAGCAGGAUGAAUUUUUAGAAAUAGAAAAUUGGGAAGAAAUUGAUGAGACUGAUGUUCUUGAUAGAAAAUUUAAAGAAUUAAUAAUGCCCAGUUUAGAGGACAAACGUAUAAAUGGUAUCAUAGAAAGUGGUCCAAUCAAAGUGACUUUAACAGGUGAUGAUGCAUUAAGAUCUCAAUAUGUACCUACUGAGCCUGCAGUUAAGAUACUGAAGAGGCCGAUGAAAAAGAAUCAGCUUUCGACAGACAUCAAGAAAGCUGUACCGAAAAAGACUUUGCAACAACGAGAACAGGAAUAUGCCGAGGCUAGAUUAAGAAUAUUAGGAGAAGCUAGUUCAGACAAACCAGAAGAAAGGCUAUCUAUAGUAAAGUCCAAACAUCCAGAGAUAUGUAAUGUAGUAAGAAUGCCAAAGGGACCUGAUGGAACUAAAGGUUUUAAAAAUGCUCGAAGAUAGUAAAAACUGUAUUUAUUUUUUGUUAUGUAGAUAAGUAAAAUGAUUUUUCCUUUAAUUUUAAAGACCAUUCAACUUUACCCAAUUAUUUCUUUAGUAAACUUGAACUAGCACACGUGGUUUGUUGAGUUUAAAAAGCCUCAUUUCUUUUUCCUUGAUUUAAAGAGCGGAUUUGGGUUGGAUUGUUAUUAUAUGAUUUGUUCUAUUUAAGCGUUAUAUGGAUAGUGUGAUUGUCUUGUAAAAAGCUAAGCUGUUCAUCUACUGAGAAUUUUAUAUUUUUUUAGGAGUCGAAGUAGCUUUUGCACAAUUAAACAUUGGGAAUGCAAUGAUAAUACAUAGACAUUAUUUUAGUACAGCAUGACAUUUAAUGUCUAAGAUAAGAUGAAUUUAUAUAAUUUAUCACUAACAUUUAUCAUCACUUACGUUUAUUAAAUGUCCAAGUUAGCGCUCUAAUCAAAAGCUUCAGGCUUCAUAUACAUUUACUGGAUAUAUUUUACUUUUUGCGCUAUUUUGUUCUCGAAGUCAUUAUUUGGAAUCGUUUUCUAUUGAACCCUUCUUAACCAUUCUGCGGAACAUUAUAGUUCCGUUACUGCCUGUUUAUAUGAAUAGUUUUGUACAUAUUUUAGUAAAACUCGGUAAACAAAUUUGAGAAUUUAUUGUAAAAUAUUUAGGUAAUAAUGAUUAAAGUUAACCUAGAUCAAA